AUGCAGGAACAACGACCGCUCUCAAGGGACGCAAACACCGCAACGCUGCAAGCGUUUUAUGCGCGCGUCAUCAACCGUGUGUGCGAUUCUUAUCGAAAAGAAGGCGAAGCCCUUGCUACUGAAACGAUCGCUCGUCUCCAACAGAAAUGGCAGGAAAAGCUCCUGCUGUACACAGGAAAACCAGAUAAUUCAAGUCCGAGAAGAGAAGAUGACGACAGAAUUGAGCUCGUGGACUCGGUCGAAGCCUCCGGUGACAGUGACAAUGAACUUUCUGACGGAUCGUCGCCACCGACGUCAUUGUCGUCAAGCUCUUCAACGGAAUCAGAAGCUGCUUUGGAGCACGAAGCAAUUGGUCGACCAAGUGCAGCAUUGCCAAGUGCUGCAACGUUGACUGCACCAUCAGUAUUUUCGAAAAUGCUUGGGUCGAAGCGGAGACUUUGCCAGUUGGAUGGCUCUGUUUCGGAUGCUGAGAUCGAUCUUGAUUGGCGGGACGUUGCUGCAGAGGAGGAGGAGGUGAACGAGCUAAAGCAGGGCGGUCAACAGGAGAGCGCAGAAACAGGCGCCACUUUGUCAACAAAGGCGCAAGACUCGUUCAAUGAUGCAGAAAACGAUGCAGACGGUGAAGCAGCAGGAAGGAGAGAUGAUACAGUAGAUGAGGACGCUCGCCGAACAAAAUGCGACGAAGCAGUGAAGAUUGUGGUAAAUUUUGGAGAUGUUGAUGAAGACACGCCGUCAAGCUCGAUGAUUGUUUCAUCGAGGCUAGUAUCUGCAGAUGAUCUUGCUCCCGUCUCUGGUCUUUCUGGAAUCAGUCUACCUAUACAGCUUGCUGCAGAGUACUCUAAGUUUCGUCACCAUGGAAAACGUCAAGGGUAUCGUGGUCAACUACACGCAAUCGUGUUGACAUGGCCAAACCGAUUGCGGGCAGAAGAAACUGUUCGUCCUGGUGAGGUAGUGUGGUGCUAUCCGGAUUUAUUGCCAGGAAUUAUUGGUGAAGGCAAAGUCGGGAAGAUGGUUUCGCGUGAGGACUGCCGGCAAGAAAUGAAGAUCCGGUUUGACGAUGGAACCGAAGCUAUCGUUUCGAGGGACCGAACUCGUCGUUUGUCCGAGUAUCUCAUUCGCAAAGGUAGGGUUCACCUCAGUAGCGAACAGUAG